UCCUGAGAAUUGCUAACACGUGAGCUAAAACUGCGGGCAACCGUGUUUUUUUGUUCUCUGUGUUAUGCAUACAGGUAAGCGGAAAUACAGAGGGCAUUUUAACGGAGUCGCAACGCUUUGUGUCGCAGCUAUUCAUCAUUUUGAUCUCUGUGUGUGUGUGUUAGGUGCUACUAGAAGAACAUGAUGAUGUCGGACAAUAAAUAUGACACCGAAAUCCCAAUGGAGCCCUUAGAAGAAACGGGCGAAGCUGGAGAAGAAGCCGCGGCAGCAGAAGCCUUGCUCGUCGGCAGUGACAAACAUCAGAACGAUGUCACGGCAGAAAACGGCGCUGAGACCAGCACGGCCUCGCAGCAGAGACGAGCCAAGAAAAAGACCAAAGCUGACUCCUCUUAUGCGGAUUCCGAUUCACAAGAUAUGUCUGAGUUGUUCACGAAAAAAGAAGUCCUGUUCUGUAUUCUGGGCGGUAUAACUUUAGUUGUGGGGCUUAUCAUGAUUAUUGUCAGCACGUGGCAAUUACGAGCUGGAUGCCACUGUACUUGUAAUGUCGAGGAUCCGUUCCAAGAAGAGCACGCUCUGCUACAUGCCCAGAACACCAAACAAUCGAAUGCCAGUCAAUCAAACACUGCGCCGUCGACGAUCAAACCAAAUUACAGCCGUUUAGCUGGAGAUCAAAUACAAACUACUAACCAACCAGUGACUAACGAAUCAAAGACUACAACGAUCAUACCUAUUGACAAUAAAAACGAAAAGACCAAGACAGAUGAUAUAGUGAGCACGACUACAACGCCACUCAUCGUGACAAAAGCAAAUCAAACAGAUGUGGAAACGGAAGAAACAUCAAGCGGGGAUGAACAAGAUCAGCCAGUCACCGAAAUACCAAGUGAAAAUACUACGAACCAAAUACUAGAUGAAAGCACAUCAUGAAUAGAUCAUAAAUUCAUUCAGAUCAGUGUAUGCGUUUGCGGUAUGAAGUAGGAGUUUAGGAAACACACCUUUCUACACGUACUAUAUACUUAUACUUUUAGUGGCACUCCACUGUAUCUUCAAUUCAAUAAGGUCUUUUCACAAUGUAUAUUUAUCAACCUCUGUAGCUCCUGAAAAGCUAUGUUGAACGGCUAGAAUGAUUUCCUUCUUUCUUUUGUUUUUACUCUUUUAAAUACAUUAUUACUGAGGAAUGGCUCUGCAGUCUCAGUAUAUCAACUUUAGCGCCACCUAAAAAAUGUGACUUUUAUUUGCUACAGUAUCUACCAACAAUUUAAGCUCAAUGGUAACGAAUAUGUUCCCAUGAAAUUAACAGGUACCAGUACUCGUAUUUUGCCGGUGAGAGGUGGGGCAUAGAUGUGCAUGUAAUUUAUUUAUUUGUUUAUUUAUUUAUGUUUUUUAUCAUUUUGCCUCGCUUGUUCGGCAUUUGAACACAUUUAGAGAAGCUAAGGGGUGGACGCAUUCCUCUCUGCCAAGCCUCCUGCCUCCUUCA